AUGUGUUACUACAGCAGCUACUAUGGAGGUCUAGGCUAUGGCUAUGGUGGCCUAGGCUAUGGCUAUGGCUGUGGCUAUGGCUGUGGCUAUGGUGGCUAUGGAUAUGGCUGUUGCCGUCCACUGUGCUGUGGAAGAUACUGGUCUUAUGGCUUCUACUGAGGACCUUAUGUAGAGACCCAGCCUUCCUA